AAAAGGUAGAUACGUACAGUGUAGUCAGAAAGGCGGCAAACACACAAACUUGUUGUUUUUGUAUAUUUUUCAUUAUGGAAACUAUUUUUAAAAAUCAGAUAUGAAAAGCAACAAAAUGUCUAUUUUCUGUAACAACUGGCUGCUUUUUAAAAUAAAUGUGAACAGGGAAUUUCUGCAAGCUUCCCUUUUCAUGUCUCUCAGCCACAUAGAGUCUAACAGUGCUGGUUUGGUUUCUCAGUAGCAGUUUACUGUAUACUGUGAAGCUUCUCAGAGUGUGGAAAGGGGAAAAGAAAAAUCAAAAGAGGAAGGAAAAUAUCUGAGAGGAGAGAGAGCGAGGCAGAGAGAGAGAUGAAACUCGGAGCAGCGUCACUGGCGUGGUCACAGCAGGAAACGCAUCAUGUGAGAGGGAGGGGAGCUGAGAGAGAGAGGAAGGUUUUUGAGGAGAACUAAGUAAAUAAAGUCAUAUGCGAUUUACAGGCUGCUUCUUUUUAUUCCUUCCGCAGAUGAACAAACACCACCAUGUCAGCCAGAGAACAACUGCCUCCCCACUGAUGAUACUUACCAACACUUUAAUGUAAUUCUGUACAGCUACUCGGAGCUGAUGUGGAGGGAAGAUGUUUCUACACUGAUAUUUGGAAUACUGGAUUUUGAUGAAGACCUCUGUGUGGAUUUUCACUGAAUGAUGAUAUCCAUCCAGACACCAGAAAUGGCUUUUAAAAGGGAAACGUCAGUUCUUUUCUUCCUAAUUAUCAGCAUAAACUGUGUGUCAGUGCUCAGAGUGGACAUCCCUAAUCCUAAACUGAUGGUGAAUAUUUCAGAUGGGGAAGUAAUAGCACGUUGGAACCAUCCUGAGGGCGCCCCUUCAAACUCCAAGUAUAAUGUAGAAAUGAAAAAGCACGGUGGUGAAUAUUACAUGGUAAACACCUGCACGGGGAUCACAGGAACCUUCUGUGACCUGACGAGUCUUAUACAUGACUAUCGUGCUGGCUACACAGUCAGAGUUCAGCUGGUUGGAGGAGAUGACAUGUCAUGGACCCACAACAAAUUUGUCCCAAAUGACAGUGAAUAUGAAGUGCUGCCUCCCUCAUUCACUUUGAAGGCUACUUCCAGCUCUCUAACAGUUUAUGUUCAUGAAAAACCCAUUCUGAAAAAACUCUAUCUAUAUUGGGUCACCUACACCAUUUACCUGGAGGAAAAAGGGGAACACAGUAAGAAUACCACAGCAUACAUGAAAGAUGACUUUGGAGGACAAGGUCAGAGGACAAAAGUUUUCUCUUCUCUCCACUGGGGGAAGGAAUACUGUGUCAGCAUUAAGUUCGAGGGUGCUGGAGCUGUCAGACCCAGCAGAGUGUCUGAGAAACGAUGUCUGCUGCUACCAGAGCAAGAGUGGUUCAUAAUGGCUGUGUCAUCACUGUCUGUUAUGGGUGUGUUGGUUGCCGUUGCUAUUAUGUCAGCCAUCCUCCUGUGUUAUCUGAAACGUCCAGAGAAAACACCAGUUGCAUUGAAAUCCCCUCUAAGCGGCUGGCGUCCACUCUCAGUUGGAGAAGGAACUAUGGAGGUUGUCACAGACAAAGGAUGGUUCCUGUCCAGUUAUAGAACAGAGCUGAAAAACUUUGUCAAAACCCCAGCGGAGGAUGUUACAGUAAUGGAGGACAGUGAGGAGGAAGACAGGAGGACCAGCAUGGACAGUGGGGUCAGCACUGAGACUAAUUCUGCUACAGACAAUGGCGGAAAAACCCCCACGAGACAAGAGGACAGUGGCUGUGGAAGCAUGGGAGGACCAGAGAGCUCCAGCAGCAGUCAGACAGACUACCCCCUGCAGGACGACCCAACUGAUACUGAUUCGGUUCGGAAAAGGGAGGACAGCGGGGUGGGAAUGGGCUGCCGGCUUCACUCUUCCUCCAUGAACCUCGAUGGACAGGACAGUGGGCCUCUAAAAGAAUCUGUUCCUGGGGGUAGUUAUCGCAGCCAGAUCACCUCAGCUGUUCAAAUCCACAUCUGCGAUGAAGAGGACACAUUUAAACAGAUACUUCCAGAAUCAGUUUUGGCCGAAGUGGUCACAGGAUACAGAGCUGGGCCUCAGUCAUGUAUCUGUUCAGGAGCAGGUCAGUGCACUUGGUGCCAUAAACAAAUUCACAAUGAAUCCGAGGUUAUCAAACAAUACAGAGCUUUGUGCAUCCAAAACAGACUGCUGGGAAGCAAAUGUAGCUUGGAAGACUCUUACAACGGAGAGGUUACAUUUGCAGGCUAUGCUAAAAAGGCACAAAUUGACACUGUCAUGAUAGAUGACUUGGACACAAAGUUUCUACACAUAGGGGAGACUUUUCCCCUUCUUACAUCUCUCUCACCGCUGUCAACAAUCAACAGUGGACAGGAUUUUAAUAUGAACAAUGUUUCUCUCUCCCUUUGUGAUGUACAGCUGACAACUGACUGAUCUUCAGGGGAAUGUAACACUAUUUAUUGAGUACUUAUACUGACACAGCCUGUCUGUGCUGUUGGAAAAAUACAUUCCUCUGUCUUAUAUGACUCAGUUAUUGCACUAGUAUGGAGUGAAAUGUUCCAGUAAGGAAAAAGGGGAGAAACUCUGAGGAGAAAACAAAGCAAGAAGCAGGCUGUUGUUGACCAUGGGAAGGAAACAGAGGUUAGACCGUGACUGUCGGUUGGAGCCUUAGAAGCUCGUCGUGACAGAGAACAUACCGCCUCAUAGGCCUCAUUUAAGCCUGUUUCACUGGGUGUAUUUACAACUGACUGAAAUGCCGGAAGUGAAACUGGUGUGGGGAGCACUGAGGAGAAACAGUUUGACAGUUACGUGCUUUUGGACAUUUCACGAUUUCUCCUCCGCCAACUACGACACCUGACAUCAAUUACCCACUCUUAGAGUUUCUGUUAAGUUUUUUUCCCCCCUUGUCAAUAUUUAAAUGCAAAGAAAUGUAAAUUACUCACCGUCAGUUUCUCAUUUAUCAGCAGUAUUUUCAGACCAUAUCUUAGCAUAUCGUCAUUCCACAAGGAAGUGAUGGCGAAAGGUAAAAUUAAUAAGCAAACAUUUCAUUACUCAUUUUUAUUAUUGUACAGGGCACUUGAUUUCUGAUUCUUUGUUAUGUUUUCUGACACAGAGUGACUUUCAUUUCACAACAGCCUAAACUGCAUACCUGUGUUUUGCUACUUACCUGUUAAAAUUAUUUAUUAGAUGUUGUGUGGAGAAGGAAAUCUGUUUAUUUAUUGUGUACUGGAGUAAAUUUAUGUGACUUUGCUCUUUUA